GUCGUACGUUCGGUACUUGGAUCGGUCGGAUCGUGAAGACGUACGACUACAUCAACCGCGCUGUCAUAACGCUUCCGCUUACGGUCUACGAGGGUACGUGGACAACGCUCUCCCCUCUCGUUGCUAUGCCAUCACCAUGAUCUUGCGUGUGCGUAGGAAUUUUUUUGAAAUUACUACAUUCCCCAACACGUCCUCCAUAGCAAAGCAAGUUAAAAAGAAGGGUAAACAUCCAACACUAAAUUUCAAUCAUAGGAGCCGAAGUAACUCGGAUGAGAAUCUUAUAGUGUAUAUUCCAAGGCGACCAAUGCUUGAUACAGUGUGCGAAAUAAUUGGUCUAAAAGUACAAGGGUACACCUGUUGGUACGUUGAUGAAGGUAUGAUACAAGCAUCCAUACUGAUUACUCUGCCACGCCAGAAGGAUAGCUUCAGAGAAUCCUCCAUAACAUAUGAAGGAGAGGCAGCUAAUAUAGAAGAUGAAGCAAUGGAAAAGGCAUCUCAGAUGGCCUUAGAAUGCAUCUAUGCAGAUUAUAAUAUUUCUAUCAAUGAUCAUAAUUACUAUGUUCUUGAAGUCACGAAGGAAAGAUUGUUUACAGCAAGAGAGAAGGCUCAAACAAAGCAAUGGCAGUUCAAUAUGGCCCGCCAGCAAGUAAGCACACAGCAGAACGAGUUUGCAAGACAGACAAUGAUUUUAACAAAGAUAUGCAAUGGCUUCUUUGAUAUAUUACCACUUCGUAUGUAUCCCCAGCGCCUAGACAGCGACGAUCCCAUUAUCACAUAUACAGGCGCGCACCCUCCCGUCGGACGUAUGCAAGAACUUGAAAAAUCACUUUAUCAUUUUAUUACGGGCACCAAUCCUGCAGGAGGAUAUACUAUGAUGAUCUAAUCCACUAGCAACUACUUCUAGCUUAUCUAUGUAAUGUGUUUGUGUUUUUAUAUACGGUUCUAUGUCUGCAGCGAACUGUAUGUAGUUUGAAUAAUUUGUUUGCCUCAAGAGUGUGCCACUUUUAAUUUGUACCUUUGU